ACCGUUUUGGGAGCUGUCCGCGUAGUGUGUGUCAUUUUUAUGUGUGUGUUUGCAUAGAAAUAGAAAUUUUGGUAUAAUUUUAUGCAGCUGAAAGCCAGUUCAUUGCAAAAGCAACGUAUGUUUUCUUGCAAAUGUGCAAAGCUUAGCUAAAAGAGCCUUCAGACACAUAUGCAACCCAACCUGCAGAAAUAUGAAGAGCAGCUGAUGUGAGAAAAAUCCCAACCACUUUUUAUCUGGUGUGUGGGAAAAAUCGAUCCGAAAAACAAUCAAAAGAAGGAGAAAAUGUUGGCCUAAGCCCCAGGACAACUACGGAAAACAAGAAACACUUUCAAUUGUGAUAGAAAUUGCAGUACAAAUUAAUUAAACCUAGCGUAAAUGGCCGAAAAAACGAGUUUUAUAGCGAAACUUUUUUAACAAGAACAAAUCAAUCAGUCAAGCUGCCAGGCUACAACUUCUUCACAAAAAUAUUUUCAAAGUGCAAUAAAAACCAUUUUCAAAUAAAAUAAUUCAUCUCAACAUUCCUGCGCAACAGAAAACAACAAAAUGGCUGUAAAAAUGUACUAGGCCAGCCCUCACAAUGUCUGUCCCUGUACGCUACUCUGCUGCCGCCGAAUACGCCGCCGCCGUUGAUAGUGGUUUGGAGAAUACUCUACAACAAGAAGAGCAAUACCAAUACCAACAACAGCAACAGCAAGACCACCAGCAGCAGCCACCUACCAACCACUACGGGCAGGAGUACCAAUACCAAUACCAGUACCAACAGGAGCAGGAUAUCGAGUACUAUUGCCAGUUGGAGGCGGUUGAGCGGCAGCGGCAGCAGCAGCAGUUGAUGCAGCAGAGGACAUCGAUGUCGUCGUCGGUUAUGUCAGGAUUCGCCUUGCACCCAACCAGCAGCAGCAGCAGCAGGAACAACAUGGACGCCAACAGCAUUAACGCCAUCCUGGUCGAUGAUGAGCAACCCUCGACAUCGGCCCAGGCAGCGGCUGCAGCUGUUCUUGCCGGCAGCGGUAAUGCUACCGCCGCCGGUUUGGCUUCGGUUGGGGGCAAGAUGGGGAAUGUCAUGGACCACAAUGCAGAGAUGCCAACUGAUUGGAUGAGGAUUGCGGACGAGGGCCGGUACGGGACCCCGGGUGCUGCUGGCUUGGAAUAUCAGAAGUACGAUCAACAACAACAACAGCAACAGCAACAAGAGCAAUUGGAACUGGAUCUGGAGGCCGAGGCAGGAGCAGUCGGCGGCAAUGAACCAUCUUCCUCGAAGAAGCAGCUGGAGGAUCAACUGCACGCUCUCACCUCCGACGAGCUCUACGAGACUCUCAAGGAGUACGAUGUCCUGCAGGACAAGUAUCACACAGUCCUCCUGCUGCCCAAGGAGUCGAGGCGCGAGGUGACUGCCGGAGGACGUGACGGAUCCGCGUACGUGCUGCGCUGCCUGAAGAUGUGGUAUGAGCUGCCAUCCGAUGUACUCUUCUCGGCUAUGAGCCUGGUCGAUCGCUUUUUGGACCGCAUGGCUGUCAAGCCUAAGCACAUGGCCUGCAUGAGCGUGGCCUCCUUCCAUUUGGCCAUCAAGCAGCUGGACUUGAAGCCCAUACCUGCCGAGGAUCUGGUUACAAUAUCUCAGUGUGGUUGUACCGCUGGCGAUCUGGAACGCAUGGCUGGCGUGAUUGCCAACAAGCUGGGUGUCCAGAUGGGACAUGCACCAAUCACAUCCGUGAGCUACCUGCGCAUCUACUAUGCCCUCUUCCGCAACCUGGCGAAGGAGAUUGGCGGCGAUUUCUUCAAGUUCUUCCAACAGCUGAUCAAGCUGGAGGAGCUGGAGAACCGCCUGGAGAUUCUGUUGUGCGACGUGAAGACCACCGUCAUCACGCCCUCAACCUUGGCCCUGGUGCUCAUCUGCCUGCAUCUGGACUUCCACAUCAAGGAGUCGUACACCCGCGGCAGUCCCGAACUAAAGCACGUCUUUGAGUAUAUUCUCUUCCUGCAGCAGUACAUGAGGAUUCCCGAUCGCGUUUUCACCUGCGGCUUUAGCAUUGUUUCGGGCAUUCUGUCCCACUACAAUGGUCAGAACAAGGCGCCCUACAAGCAACGGCUUGUCUGGAAGUUGUCCAGUCGCACGCUGCGCGUCUUGCGCCCGAUCAAUCGCUUCUCCUCCGACCUGCCCACCAUUGAGGAAGGCAUUUCCAAUGCCCUUGACGAUGGCCUGCGUUCAAGAACCGAGAGCAUUAGCUCUGAGGAGGAGGAGGACUGGCCGACUUCACCCAUAAUUCCAAUAUUCGAACAAUGUUAGUAUCCAGCCACCCAGCAGCACCCCACACUGCAAGACAACAGCUGGAGCAGGAUUGAGCCACGGAACGGAGACGGAGGCGCACGCGGGCACAUCGCGCACACACAUUCAAUGGAGCCGCCAUCUUCCUAGAAUGCAAGGCAGCGGCAGCAGACACACAUAUAUCCCCCUGCCUUGGAAGAAGAGAGACCAAAUGAUAAGCUGCAGACAGAACGCAAUUGUGUGUGUGUGUGUGUGCCAGUGUGUGGAUUGAGUGAGCGUUUCGUGUGCGUGCGUGCAUAGAGGAAGAUAGAGAGGUGAUUGAGAGAGUGUGUGUAUAUUUUGCUAAACUGCAUCAUAAUUCUUUUGGCAUAUACAUAUAUAUAAUUACCGCUGGUUCUAACAUUUAAGAAACAAUUGAGUUUUAGGCGGAGAGCGAAAGGUAGCACAUCCUUGCCUCCUUAUGCUAGAGCAGGUUGCCAGAGUUGCGUCGCCAGGCGCACGUUAGAGAGGCACCUAUUUUUCAAUUUAUUUGCGGCAGACAAAAAAAUACGUGAAAAAAAAACAAAAGAAAAAAAAUUACAAAAAAAAAUAAAACAAAAACGAAUGCUGCGGACCAUCAUACAAAAGAUUGAUGCCGUUCCGGAUCAUUAUUUGAGAUCAGAGAGAAGGAGGAAACGAUUGCAGAGUUGCCAGCCCCAACAAAAAAAACAAGACCAGACUCUGGAAUGGGAAUGCAAUUUUUUGGUGGUAACGCUAGAACCGCAAAAAAAAUAUAUCAAAAAACAAAACAUUACAAAAAAAAAACAUCAAAAUCAUCAAACACACAAAAAACCAAUUAGUUUUAAAAUCUUUAUGUUCUCCCCAUGUUUGUGCCGCUCUUAUUCGUUCUGUUAUACAAUCCCCAAUCAAAGGACCCACAAAAACACCAACAAAAAAAAUCAUAAAAUCUUAAAAAAAAAGUACAAAAAUUCUCUAUGUAUAGACAGACCGAUAUCCAUAAUUUUAGCCGCGCUCAAAAAACAAAAAAGAUGAAGAAAAAAAGAUCGGUAGAAAAAACUAUACAAAAAUAUAAUUCGCCGCCUAUAUUGACUAAGAACUCUUAACAAUAAUAAUACCAAUUAAAUUAAAUCAAUUAUGCAAGGAGAAAAUCCACGAUAUUGUACCAGUAGUGUGUGUCUAGUAGAUUUUUCUCUGUAUAACAAAAAAGAAAACCAAACCAUUUGCCGCCCGAAAAGAAAAUACAAAUAUCUUUCAUUAUCAUGCGAUUCUGUGAGGAAAUCUAUUAUUAUAGAACAGUUUUUUCUGAGAGACAGCUUCGGUCCAGGAAUCAAACAAUCACUAAAUCAAUCAAAUUUAUUGAUGUUCGAAAACGAGCAUAAACACGGUGAUCCUUUUUUAUAUUUUACCCCUAACUAUAUUGUACGAGAAUCUACACUUUCUUUUUUGUUAUAUAAUAUUAUUUAAUUUAUUAAACGAUUUGUAAAAACUAUGCAAAAACAAGACCAACAAACAUAUGGGGUAGUAUAUUAAAUAUCAGCUAAAUCUUAGUUUACGAAAACCAGCAAAAUUCGAACCGCAGACAAAACCGAAAUUCAAAUCAAUCUUGAAGCGCGGCGAACUUUAAGCAGAAAUUAUGAUGCAUUAUUUAGCAAGAUGUACAGAGAGAUAUAUGUAGAAGGAAAAGUAGAAAAGAGAGCGUGUGUGGAGAGCAUAGACAGACAUAAAAGAAAAACUACCGCAGAUGAGAUCAAUUUGAUCAGAGAAACAUAAAAACGAUCUGAAAUUUUACAAAUUCUUUUUUUUAACAUCUUUCCCCCGAAAAAGGGGCUUUCACAUAGGAUCCUUGGAUCCGACACUUUUUCUGUAAAUUUAAAUAAAAUGCGCUUGCCACUGUGUCGGCCACAGUGGCAGACACUUUUCAAUGAGUAUUUACAACAAAA